CUUCCUCAUCCUCCAUCUGACCUCCAGAGGCUCUCUGCCAGCUGAUUGGCCUCCUCCAACAUGCUCCGCCCCCUGCUCCUCCUGUCUGCUCUCAUUGGGCUGCUGCCUGGUGCUGAGCAGCAGCAUGUUGGUUCUGCAACAUUAAACAUCUCCUCUUGUCCCAUCUCAUAUUAUGGAGAGCAGUUCACAACGCUGUAUGUGACUGCCACGGAUGAAGUAUUCACAGCCUGUUUCGACAUCAUUGGUGUGGACUGCAUUGUUGGGCCUCCACUCGAAAUUUUUUUCUUUUUCGAUGAAGUGUCUGAGAAUGAAGCAGAUUGGCAUCCGAGUUUGCCAGAUAUUUCCAGCUCACUGCUAUGCUCAGUGGAGUUGAAGGCGUUUUCAGGUUUAUUUCCUGUUUCUUUGAAAAUUAGCAGCUUUGGCUCACAAGCAGCUGUGAAAUUAGAAACAGGCAGUCUGGGACCACAUGAGUUUGAAUUUGUGGCCAACGGUGAUUCUGUAGGUUCAGUGAAUUUGACAAACACAGGCCCGAUCUACAAAGACAUCAGCGCAUGCAGACAGUCAGGUGGUUUGUAUUUCUAUGAUGAUGAGGUCAGUUCUGACCCAGACACCUGCUCCACUGAAUCCUGUGAUAGUGUGGCAACCAUUCAGCCCAACGACAUAUGUGGCCCUCUGGAGCGUUGUCAUGGCAACAACACCUGCAUGUUUGUCUCCAUCUGCACUGUGACCGGCCCCGCUGUCAUUGACUUUAAUGACCAACUGAAGACUGUGGAGGAUCGGUGUGGGUACACCCUGCUGACAGGUUCAUCAAUCCAAAAUCUCACUGUGGUGGCGAACUUCCAGGAACGUCGUCGUAGAGAUGUGAGCUUUUUGGACAGCGUGACACUGCGGCUGCAGGGGCAGGAUGAUGUUCACCUGGAACAAGGCGGGGUAGUUAAGGAGGGGAACACAGUGCUGACCAUCAACGGCUCGACUGAUCUGGGAAACGGUGUGGAGGUCUUUGUGGACCCAACUGGAGUCACAGUCACCGUGUCGCACCCCGAGUCCACCACUUCUGUCUUCUUUGACGGGAACACUGCACAGAUCAUCUUCAUAGGACCUGCUGGACAAGAUCCAGACCUGGGGGGAUUGUGUGCCAACUCCACGUCUGUGAGUGAUGAGAGACUUCCUGAGGACAUUGGCAGCAGCUGUGAGGUGCAGUACAAUGACACUGCUGACAGUUCCAUCAACUGCACCAUGAUGACUGAACGCUGUAACCUCCUGUUGGAGGAGCCCUUCACCGCCUGUCACAACCACACCGACCCAGAGUCCUACAUAGACGCCUGCAUCGACACUUUGUGCAAAUACCCUGCGGUGGACGGUCUGAACUGUCAGUUCCAGGAGGCCUAUGCCAGAAGCUGCAGCUUGCGCAGCAGCAACGACACACUGGACAGCUGGAGGUCAACGGUCGGCUGCUCCCCCCCUCAGCCCUUCUGUCAGGGACGGAUCUGCAGCGAUCAUGAGUUCUGUGCUGAGACCAUCAGUGGUGGAAUCGGCUGCUUCUGUCGGGCCAUUUUUGCCUUCCCGUACAGAUCGAAUGACACUUUGGGUGACCCGACGGUCUGCGAGGAGAACUCAGCUUCAGUUACUCUGGUCGGGUGUCUCCUGGAGGAGAAAGGCCUCGACUAUACGAUGUUACACCUCAAUGACCCCACCUGCACGGGUCAGAGAGAUGAGCUGGACCACAUGGUGACCUUCAGCUACAACGGCAGCAACACCUGUGGGACGGAGGUCAUGGCCAACAACAGCCAACUGAUCUACAUGAACAGCGUCACAGUCCUGAACAGCUCCUCUGACAACAUCACUCGCCAGGACCAAGUCUACAUCGACUUCUCCUGCGUCUUCACUCAGCCAGAUGUCAACACUGUGACCUUCAGAAUCAAAGACAGCUCUGUGAUUGAGAAGAUCACAUCUGGAACUUGGAAUUACACUCUGACCAUGAAGGCCUACACCGACGCCGGACGCACACAAGCUGUGGACUCCAACACUGAAGUCCAGCUGAACCAGCAGAUCUGGGUGGAGCUGGAGACUGACGGGCUGGAUGACGGUUUGGUGGCCCUGGUGACCGACUCCUGCUGGGCAGCCGACCAGGCUGAGAGUCUGAGAUACAACCUGAUUGUAGACGGCUGUGCGAACCCCGAUGAUCAGACGGUGAAUGUGGUGGGAAACGGAGCGGGAACGUCCAACUACUUCUCCUUCAACAUGUUCCAGUUCUCUAGGAGCUCUUCUGAGGUCUCUGUGCACUGCAAAGUCAACCUGUGUGCCAACUUGAACCAGACCUGCACCCCGGAUUGUAGCGGAGGUCUUCGGAAACGCAGAUCUGCUGGGUCCAAAUAUUUAGAUGAGGCUCCGGCCUUCAUCUCCAUGACCUGGACUAAUUAGGUUGUUUCCACGGUAACUCGGACUGACUGACUGGCUGUCGACCUUCACCUUGAUUCCUGAGUUUUACGUCGUCCUAAUCCAGAACCUGAUUGUGUGAAUGCUUUUGUUUUCGAACGACGUGUCCUAGAGAUUAGCUCACUUAGCUCACAAGCCAUGCUAGCUCAAACAAUAAUAAAGAGACACUUCUGCCCCUCUUCCAGCUGAGAUUGGGUUGAUUCAGUCCAGAUUCCCCUCAGAUGGUAGAAAUUAUUUCACUGAUUGGAUCCUUUAAAAGUGAAUCUUCCAUCAGAGCAGAGCAUGUUAGCGUGACUCAUUUCUCAAUAACAAACCUGAGCUAAUCUUUGAUGGAGCGUCUCUGAGCAGAAUGUGUUGCUGUGCCUUCCUCACUGGUUUCCACACUGCAAACACAGCACCUUUUUAUUUCCUGAAAUAUGAAACACUAUAAAAACAUAAUCAAAAACUAUAUGGUGAAGGAAAGUGUGUGUUGGGAAGCUUGGGAUUAACAAUAUAUGUAUCAACAUGUUAUUCGUUCUAUCGUGAAUCAACACUCCGAUCAAUAACAAUAAUCAGAUAUUAUUUGGAUCAUGAAUGAUUAAGUGUUGUCUGCAUAUUAGAGUGUGUGACAUGGAGUGGACAACACUGUAUAACUUUAAAAUCCUUAUAAAUCCUGAUAAUAUUUACCUUUUCAUUCUUUUCUGGAGACAGCAGUUUCUGUCAGCUUGUGCCUGUAACAUGAUAUCAGCUCAUCACAUCAGUUCAGUUUGAUCCAUGGUUGAUGGUUGAAGCUUUGCCACAACGAGGUUUAGAAGUUCACUCUGAGGAAAACAAUGAAUUCAGUGCAAAUGCAGCAUCAACAUGUUGAUGAUUUACAGAUUCCAGGUCAGUCAGAACUGAUCUGUGUAGCCUCACUGCACUGACAAUCUAAACACAAGACUGGAUCCUGCUGUCACGCUCAAAGACACUGACAAGUUUUCUAAUACAAGUUUAAAUUCAGGACAGCAACGAAAACUAAAUAUGAAAUGUUUUUAAUAAUGUCGGAAUUUUAGUGACAUUAUUGUCACUUGUAAACAUAAACUUUUUGAAUCAUAAAAACAAAAUGGUUUCUUUCACAACUCAACAUGAUGUGAUUUAACUAGCCAACAAAAUAUGAUCCAAAACUGUGGCCUUCAUGUAGCUGAGAUACGAGUUAUGCUGUAUCAUCUUUUUUAUGUUCCUAUUUUUGUUCA